UGAUCUGAGUGACUGAGAUAUUGCAGGGAACUCGGUUUCUUUUGUGCUUCGAUUGGAAACGAGAAAUGCCACAGGACUUGUCGUCCGAACUAGACCUGGACAAUUCCGACACCGAGUUCAUUGAGGUUGAUCCCACUGGUCGAUACGGUCGGUAUAAAGAGGUGUUAGGAAAAGGUGCUUUCAAGAAAGUAUAUCGAGCAUUUGAUGAGUUGGAGGGAAUUGAGGUAGCUUGGAAUCAGGUUAAGGUGGCAGACCUAUUACAAAACUCCGAAGACUUGGAGCGACUAUAUUCGGAAGUUCAUUUACUCAAGACUUUAAAGCACAAGAACAUAAUUAAGUUUUACAAUUCCUGGAUCGACACAAAAAAUGAGAGUAUUAACUUCAUUACAGAGAUUUUCACCUCUGGAACAUUACGGCAAUACAGGAAGAAACAUAAACAUGUUGAUUUAAGAGCAUUGAAGAAAUGGUCCCGGCAGAUCCUAGAGGGCCUUCUUUAUCUUCAUAGUCAUGACCCACCUGUUAUUCAUCGAGAUUUGAAGUGUGAUAACAUAUUUGUCAAUGGGAAUCAAGGUGAGGUGAAAAUUGGUGACUUAGGCCUGGCUGCAAUUCUUCGCCAGGCUCGUUCAGCUCAUAGUGUCAUUGGUACCCCAGAGUUCAUGGCACCGGAGCUUUAUGAGGAGGGAUACAAUGAGCUUGUAGACAUUUAUGCCUUUGGCAUGUGCUUGAUUGAAUUAGUGACCUUUGAGUACCCAUAUGUUGAAUGUGCUAAUGCGGCUCAAAUAUAUAAGAAAGUGACAUCGGGAAUAAAGCCGGCAUCAUUGGCAAAAGUCAAAGACCCUGCAGUUAAAGCAUUUAUAGAAAAAUGUAUUGCAAAAGUAUCUGAACGCUUGUCUGCUGAGGAACUUUUAAUGGAUCCUUUUCUGCAAUCAGAUGAGGAUCAUGGAAGUUUAGGUUGUUCUCUGCGUCCCAAAACCCAUCAUUCAGAAGGCAGUCAUGAUCUCCUCGAUAUUGGUAAAAGUGCUAAGGAUCCAUCUGUUGAGACAAGUAGAGAUUUCACAGUUCAAGGUCAACGGAAAGAUGGUAACACGAUAUUUCUGAAACUACGAAUAGCAGACUCCUCAGGUCUUUAUCGCAAUAUCCACUUCCCAUUUGAUAUUGAGGCAGACACUGCAAUUUCUGUUGCUAGUGAAAUGGUCGAGGAGUUGGACCUAACGGAUCAAGAUGUUUCAGCAAUCGCUGAAAUGAUUGACUCAGAAAUCCGGUCACACAUUCCAGAUUGGACAGCAAGAGCACUCUUUGGAGAUAGUUAUGAUGGAGAAGGUGCAAGUCCUGAUAGCUGUACCUCUGAAGCCAAGGAUGAUGCUUCUCCUCUCAUGAAUGAGCCUACUACCCCUUCUAGUGGUUUUGCACUGGAAAGAUUGCCUUCGGGUCAUAAGUAUUGGUCUGAUUCGCCCAAGGCACCUGGUGGAACCUCACCGGUACAGUCUAGCCCUUUAAACUUGCCUUCUCAGGUUGAUUCAGUUGCUGGUUGGGCUAGCUUGACUGGAGAUAAUGAAAAAUCUCCUGGUCAUGAUGAAGACCAGGAUAAUCCUUAUUUUGGUGUUAUACUUGAACAACCUGAGAAUGAGUUUGUUUCUGAUGAUGAUGGUAAUAGCGAAGAGAACACACCUAAUUUACUUGUUGACGUGCAAUUUGGUGAGAAAAACAGUGAAGAUGCAGAUUCGCAUUCUAGCAAUGGAGGCUAUCCUUUUGAAGAAAACUAUUUUGAAUCAGAAGCUGUCAAGAUACUUUCCGGGAAACUUGAGAAUCUGCUAAAGCAGCAGCAAGAUGAGCUAAAUGAAUUAAAGAGGAAGCAUGAACUCGCCAUAGCAGAACUUUUAAAGGGACUUCCUCCAGAUAUCUAUCAAAAGGUAUUAAGUAACUGUAAGCAGAACAGUUCUGACCAUAAAAUGCACAUUGAGGCCCUAUAAAAAUUGGAAGUGGUGUUGCCUCACUUCUCCAACUUCCCAUAGGUUGGUAAUUUUUCUAAUCCACUAAUUUUUCCCAGAAAGGGAAACUUAUCUACUCAUCUUGGAAGGGCUGAAUAUAGUCUGUAAAGCUCAAUUAUGUUUCGCAUGCUUAUGCUAUAUUCUGUGAAGCUCAAAGACUUUUCACACGAUUAAGGUGGGGGAGCAUGACUACAGAGAUGUAAAUCAUGCUACUGUAUGCAUCUUUAACAGAGAUUUUGCCUGUAUUUAAGGAGAAUGCCAAACAGAAAUAUGGGUGCUGGUGCUGUAUGAUAGUCAAGCAUGUUGAAGAAUUAUACUUUCUAGAGUGACUCAGGAUGGGCUGAGCUCAAGGGAUUGAUCCAGCACAAUUUCCUUUUCACUCACAUUAGGUGAUCCUGCUGAGGUGAGCAGCUCAGAUAAGCCCUAUAUCUGUAUACUAUAAGUCUGCAUAUGCUUAAAGAAAUCUACUCAUCAUUCAUUCUACCUUUAGUUUGAUACGACUAAUCAGUAAUUUAUAGGUUUUAUACUUGCAUAUACGAUUCAUUUUGUUUCGAUUUUAUUAGUCUGAUUGCUUCAGAUUUCAGAAUGCCGUCUGUUUAGGCAUUUAGUCAUACAAACGUUUUGGGAUUCUUGUUCAUGAUUCAUUGCAGUGUCAAAGUAAGGUUAUGGGAAUGUGUGGCCCCUUAUUUGCUUAUCAAUUGUGAAUGUAUCUUUCUUAUGACAAGAGUUCAUGUCAGUGUUUGGCGUGCUUGUAUGUAUCCCAGUAUUGUGGGAUGGCUAAAUCAUGGAUUCAUGGUGUUCAAAAUUGAGAUGAGUUUGUAUUCAGAAUAACUUCUUCUCUUUCCA